AUGGGUCUCGCCGUCCUUCCACCAGACUCGGAAGAUGAUGCGCCGGUGCAAAAACACGCCCAAGACGUGGACAUCAUAUCAGACAGCGACGAAUCUAUGAAUGACGAGCCCAGUCGGCCCUCCAAACGCGCCCGUCUAUCCUCCUCGACUUCACGGACUAUUGUCCUCCCUGGAGAAGUGAUUACCGACGAAUCCUCAUGGAUGCGAGGACAUGGUACCUACAUGAAUGAUUCUUCAACGAUAAUGACUGCUACCCUCGCAGGACCGCUGCUGAAGACGAACAAAUUACUAUCCGUCGCACCUUUAAGAGCACGCUAUAACCCCGAGAUUGGCGACCUUGUUGUAGGGCGCAUUGUCGAAGUCCAGAAGAGCAGGUGGAAAGUAGACGUGGCUGCACCACUGCUGGCACAGUUACCGCUCUCCUCUAUCAAUCUGCCCGGCGGUGUGCUUCGAAGAAGAACCACCGCCGACGAACUUCAGAUGCGCAACUAUUUUCAAGAAGGGGACCUACUGGUCGCGGAGGUUCAACAGAUUGGAAGUAGCGAUGGCACGGCCAGCUUACAUACACGAAGUCUGAAAUAUGGCAAACUACGCAAUGGCACUUUCCUCUCUGUUUCCGGCACUGGCGGCGGCGGAGGCGUCGUGCGCAGCAGAAGACAGGUCUUUACUAUUAAUAGUGGCGCUCAAGGAGGCGGCGAUGUGGAUGUCAUCCUCGGAGUCAACGGCUAUGUCUGGUUAAGUAAGCAUAUUGAGCAAGCCGAGGAUCAAGGCAAGAUGAGUGGAGGUGUCAGUAUAUCGAAUCUUGACGAUAUGGUCAGCAGCUCCAUCUACUCAAGUCAGAAUGACAGCAUCGAGGAGGGUACCAGGAGAGAGAUUGCCAGAAUUGCCGAAUGUAUCAGGAUUCUCGCAGAGAAUGCCGUCAGAGUCGAUGAAGACACCGUGGUCAGGGCUUAUGAGGCAGCUGUCGACGCCGAGAUGAGCGUCGAAGGUCAAGACGAACUCAGUGUUCUCGACAAUAUUCGCAGACGAAUCGUUGAUGCUGCCAUCCAUUGA